AUGCGCGGUAGGGCUCUGCUUCGGGGACCAGGGGAGGCAGUCUCUGGGGCGGCAGUGGGGGCCCCCGGGCACCCAGACCUACCGCCGCACCUGCCGCCGGCCCCCGAGCCCGGUUCCGGACCCACUGCCCCGGGCGGGCGGCGGGCGCGGGAGGCGGGUGCGGGGAGAGGGCGGCUGCAACUCGGCCGCGAGUGGCCGGGAGGCGCAGUGGAGCGAGGAGCGGAAAGGGACGCAGGGAGCGGAAGGACCCUACGGGACGGGACGGAGCAGGGCGAGCAGGGGCUGGAGGGGAGUCGGGGAGUGGAAGGCGGAGGGCGCCCGGAGAAGGGCGAGGACCGUGGCCAGGGCAGCGGGACGCCCGUCCCAAGAGCCCCGCGGACGGAGGGCAGCACGCCGCUGCGGGCCGUUUGGAUGCCCUCAGCUGGAGAUCCUUUGAACUCAGUUACAUCCGCGCAGAGAGGAAUCAAGAUGGCAGAGGGGCAGGACGCAGGGCCCGCCUCCUCCGACAGGCGCAUCCACGAGCCGUCGACGGCGUGGGGAGCAGACCUCACAGGAUGCCUCCCAUUCCCAGAAGUGCAAGAAAGAGAGGCGCUGCCUCCGCUUGGAACGUUUCUGCUUCCACGUCCUGUAGGCUCGGGGAGCGGACGUCAGCUCCGGGGCAGGGAGCUUGGAGGCUGAGACGAAGCUUGUGGUGACUCUCGUGUCGUCAGGACCCUGGAGCCACCUGCCUGUCACCCCCGUGUUUCCUUUCCCCACGGAAGUACUUGCUUUCGAUCUUUCACGCACCACGGAGCCGUCAAUCUCAGCAACCAUCUUCUCGUUUUUAAGGCCCCCUCAAAACUUCCAACAUAAAUCCCCAUCAGGUGGUAAAUGAGAGCCUUCUGGAGCCCUGCUGUUCCAAGUGUGGUCUGCAGCCAGCCCCGUGGGGUCCCCCAGGGCGGAGAAGAGAGGCCCCGUCUCACGCCCCAUCCGCCGCCGCUCUGACCGAGUUCGUUCGUCCAUGACACAACAGGGUUUUUUGAACCUUGCGACUCUCAAAGCACCUGUCUGCUUCCUGGUGAGCCUAAAAAGCCUCUGAUCGGAUGCUUGCUCCAGGCGCCCACCACCCCGGGAAGGGCCGAGCACCAGCCUGGCUGAGGCACACAUUGGCAGCGCUGGAGGGCGAAGACCAAAGGGGCUGGGUCCUCAGGUUUCUGGACCUCUGACCCAGAAGCGCCCCAGGCUCUGGUUUUGGGAGAAGAGAAAGCAGACACUGUGUGAGGACAUGACGUCUCCUGGGAAGCCUGUGUGCGUCCGGUGCCCCCAGCCUAGAUCAGGCCCCCACCCCUGAAGCAUUUCCCCCCCCCCCGAGUCCUGGUCAGACUUUGCCAUCAUCUGGGGAGACUGUGUUCAAUACGGGUGCCCAGUGCCCUCCCGCCAUCAGUAGGAUGGGGAUUUCUGGGGUGGGGUCCAGCAGCUCCCAGGUGGGACUGCUGUGCGGCCGGAGCCCAGAGCCUCUGCCCUGUCCCCAGUUUGCUCCAUCCCCUGCGGAGGAGUCGCACCCCCCCAUGAGGUUGGAUGCCCCCACGGAUGUCCCAAGCACCCAGCUCAUAGUCCUCAGCGUGAUUUCCUAUCACUCUGCCCGCCCCGCUAGACGACCAGCUCCCGGGGUCCAGGAGCUGUGUCUCGUUUGCAGCGUGGCCCACGUGCCCGGCCCAUAAUCAGUGUCAUUAAACAUGUGACUGGAUAAGCAGCCAGGGGAGACCCUAAGUGCCUGGCCUGAUCCGUGCUUCCUCACUGCUCUGCCCAGCACCCAUUCCUCCCAGCCUGGUCCCACCCACUUUGCACCUGUCUGCCCACGGCUGGCACCACUGGACGCCUUGGCAGGGCACCCAGCCCGCCCUGCCCAGGGCACUGCCGCACCCUGGGGUCUCAGCACUCAUGUCUGGACGGCUCACCAGGUUGAACUUGGGCCCCUGGGUUUCCUUCUCCCUUGUUCCCGAGCCUUUUCUCCCUGCCUGAAGCUCCAGCAAUGAGACCUGAGUCUCUUUCCUGCUUUUGACCUGUACUGACGCUGCCCGGGGCCCUGAUUUCUUCUUCUUAACUGUCCCCCAAUGACGGGAAGGUGCAGCUCUUCUCUGACGUCCUAGUCUCCUACCCGCACUCCCAGAGCUGCCGGCAGACACGGAGGCUCCCCUCUUCCCAGGGUCCUCAGCGCUGCGCUGACGGCCGAGGCCCUCAUCACUGGCUGCGCUCCGGCCGUGAUGGUCCUUCCCGCACAGACUCUGGCCUCCCGGCCUGGGCUCCGCGCCCCCCGCCCCCCAUCACCGCAGCUGGGGCCAGGGUCCCCGCCCUGCAUACUUAGUAAACCCAUCCUUAAAAUCCCAUUCUUUAAAAAGUUAUCUUAUGGAAGUAUCGCUGAUUCACAAUGUCGUGUUAAUUUCUGCUACACAGCAAAGUGUUUCCGU